AUGAAGUUCUCUGUUAUCCUCUCGGCCUUGAUGGUUACUGGCUUUGUUGGUGCUGCUCCAGUCGCCCAGCCUGUAUCCAACGGCAUCGAAAAGCCUGGCCCUGCUCAGCCUCAACAACAGCAAGCGGAGCAUCCUCAUGGAGGUCACCCAAAGCGUGAGGUCUCACAGCCACAUCCAGGCCCUCACGAUGGGCACCCUCGUCCUCAAGGCCCCCAGGAUCACUCUAAGCGUGAAAUGACCACUGCUACGGAUGGUCCCAAGCGCAAGGAUCCCGCUCCCCAAAAUGGCGGCCACCCUCAAGACCAUAGCGGACACCCCAAGCGCGAAGUCGAGGACCGGGUUGCUCACCCGCCACCCCAGGACCCGCACAAGGAGCACCCAAAGCGUGAGGAGUCUACGGCCGAAGAGCCCAAGCACGACAGCCCGCCUCCUCAUGGUGGUCAGCCCAGACCUCAAGGUGGAAACCCCCAAGGUGGACACCGCAAGCGCGAGGACUUUACCUCUGAGCAGCCCAAGCACCACAACAAGCCUUCUCACGGCGAUAAGCCUAAGAGUGGUCAGUCUCCCCACGGAAAAGUUCAAAAUGGGCACCCCAAGCGCGAGGAAACGACCACUGAGCAGCCUAAGCACGACAACAAGCCUUCUCACGGCGAUAAGCCUAAUGGUGGUCAGUCUCCUCACGGAAAAGUUCAAAGUGGGCACCCCAAGCGCGAGGAAUCUGCUACUGAGGAGCCUCCUCAUGGUGACCAGCCAGGCGGUCAGCCUCACGGUGGUCAACCUCAAGAGGUUCAGCCAGGCGGUCAGUCCCGUGAUGGCCAGCCUCAAGGUGGAAGGCCUCAAGGUGGACAUCCCAUGUAA